GGGUUCAUGGACGGGAAGGAGCUACAAAACUUCAUCCAGGAGCUGCAGCAGGCACGGAAGAAGGCAGGCUUGGAUUUAACGCCUGAAAUGAAAGCUUUUGUGGACCAGUAUGGGAAAUCUACUGAUGGAAAAAUAGGUAUAGUUGAGCUUGCUCAGGUAUUGCCAACGGAAGAGAAUUUCCUGUUGUUCUUCAGAUGCCAGCAGCUAAAGUCAAGUGAAGAUUUCAUGCAGACAUGGAGGAAAUAUGACAGCGACCACAGUGGCUUCAUUGAUUCUGAGGAACUUAAGAGCUUCUUGAAAGAUUUAUUACAGAAAGCAAAUAAGCAGAUUGAAGACUCAAAGCUAACAGAAUACACAGAAAUAAUGCUCAGGAUGUUUGAUGCAAACAAUGAUGGAAAGUUGGAGCUUACUGAACUGGCCAGACUGCUCCCUGUACAGGAAAAUUUUCUUAUUAAAUUUCAGGGUGUCAAAAUGUGUGCAAAAGAAUUCAAUAAUGCCUUUGAGAUGUAUGAUCAAGAUGGCAACGGCUAUAUAGAUGAAAAUGAACUUGAUGCCCUACUGAAGGAUCUCUGUGAAAAGAACAAAAAGGAACUAGACAUUACCAACCUUGCAACAUACAAGAAAAGCAUCAUGGCCUUGUCUGAUGGAGGAAAGCUUUACCGAGCAGAAUUGGCUCUUAUUCUCUGUGCUGAGGAAAACUAGAGCUCUUCUAUCAUGUCCACUUAACUAGUGAUGUACUCUACACAAUAACUGUGCACUAUAAGGGAGUAGGCUGUAUUUUUAAACUGCAUAUAGAAAAUUAGCCAGGAUGUGUGGCACAUUCCUUUCAGUUUGUUUCUAUACUGUUUGUAAUGUACAGUUUUUGUAACAAUAAGAUUGAUAAAGAGAAUGUCAGUGUUUGGGCCAGUCUGUAUAUUCAAAAAGAAACUAAAUAUGUCAGGGUUGGCUUUGGUUGGGUUUUUGCUUUCAUAAACACG